AUGGCUUUGCAAGCACAUUAUUUUAUUAUUUCUUACCUCCAUGUUCAGAUGUCGGGACCUAAUAAAGCUCCAUUUAGUGGAGUGUCUGAGGAUUUGAAAGGAAGAGCAGCUUGCUACAAACAAGACUGGAACCAUGGAUUUCGUUCUGGUUUAAGGAUAUUGGCACCUAUGCUCUACAUAUUCUUUGCAUCUGCAGUUCCUGUUAUAGCCUUUGGGGAGCAAUUGAGCAAAGAUACAGAUGGUACACUAACCACAGUUGAGACAUUAGCAUCAACUGCUAUUUGUGGAAUCAUACAUUCAAUAAUAGGUGGACAGCCACUAUUGAUCGUGGGAGUUGCAGAACCGACUAUUAUCAUGUACACCUAUAUCUACAAUUUUGCCAAAAACCAACCAAACCUGGGAGAAAAAUUGUUUCUGCCAUGGGCUGCAUGGGUUUGCAUCUGGACGGCUGUGAUGCUGUUCCUCAUGGCAAUGUUUAACGUUGCAGCUAUUCUAAACAGAUUUACAAGGUUUUCUGGAGAACUUUUUGGAAUGUUAAUCACAGUUUUGUUCAUGCAAGAGGCGAUCAAGGGGAUGUUUGGUGAAUUCAGUGCCCCUGAGGGUAAUGACCAAAGUCGACCAAUUUUCCAGUUCCAGUGGCUAUAUGUUAAUGCAUUGUCAUAUUCAUUGCCAAGCAAGAUCCCUUCAGGGGUCCCUAGGAGGCUCUUCACCCCACUUCCUUGGGAACCCAAGUCGCUCCAGCAUUGGACAGUGGCAAAAGAUCUGUUUUCAGUCCCUCCAGCACAUAUAUUCCUGGCUAUUGUGCCUGCUGCGAUGGUUGCAGGGCUCUAUUUCUUUGACCACAGUGUAGCUUCACAGAUGGCUCAGCAGAAGGAAUUUAAUUUGAAGAACCCAUCAGCCUACCAUUAUGACAUUUUGGUCCUGAGCUUGACAACCUUGAUCUGUGGUCUUCUUGGCAUCCCUCCAUCUAAUGGAGUACUUCCCCAGUCUCCCAUGCAUACAAGAAGCCUAGCUGUCCUCAAGAGGCAGUUGCUUCGCAAAAAGAUGGUCCAAACUGCGAAGGAGGGCAUGAUGAAUAAUGCUACCAGUUCCGAAGUUUAUGGCAAAAUGCAAGAUGUUUUCAUAAAAAUGGACCAUGGAGGCGACUCUGUUUCCGCACACAAAGAUCUGAAGGACUUGAAGGAUGCAAUUAUUCCAGAGGGGAACGGAGCAGGGACAGUGCCUGAAGUAUUUGAUCCUGAAAAGCAUGUAGAUGCCUACUUGCCUGUCCGGGUGAACGAGCAGAGAGUAAGCAAUCUGUUGCAGUCCCUGUUGAUCGCUGGUUGUAUCGGAAUUACGCCGCUCAUUCAGAGGAUACCAACAUCAGUCCUCUGGGGUUACUUUGCCUAUAUGUCCAUCGACAGCCUUCCCGGGAACCAGUUCUGGGAGAGGAUACAAGUUCUUUUCAUCACGCCUCAAAGGCGCUACAAGGUUCUUGAAGGAGCACACGCAUCCUUCAUGGAGUCAGUGCCUUUCAACACAAUAUGUGCCUUCACACUCUUCCAGCUAAUCUAUCUGUUGAUCGUCUUUGGGAUGACAUGGAUACCAGUAGCAGGAAUCCUCUUCCCGCUCCUCUUCUUCUUCCUCAUUGUCAUCAGGCAGCACUUGAUCCCGAAAUAUUUCGAUUCGAGCCACCUGAGGGAAUUAGAUGCAGCCGAGUACGAAGAACUCGAAGGUUUUACGCCUGAUCCGUCAGUGUGUGAGGACGAGUCUGUUCGCAGCAGAGAUGCUCAGCCUGGAUAUGCUUCUGAAAUACUGGAGGAAUUCACGACUCACCGUGGAGAGCUGAAGCGCAGGAACUCUAGCUUCCGUGAUGGGAGACUACUCCAGCUUAACUCUGUCAAGAUGACGAGAGAGCUUUCUCGGGCUCCUUCUCGGAUUCCAAGAAUCGUGGAACAAUAA